AUGCCUUACUCUUCUUCUCUCUCCUGGUCCGCGCCUUGUGCUUCCUCACCUUCCUCGAGUCUGGAUAUUCCUUCGCCAGCCUCUGCGAGACGCCUUUCGUUUCCGCCUGACUGUUUGUCUGCUUCUAGCGAUCCACUGGCUGCGUCCUCUGUCCGAGGCCAUUGGGGUGCGUCGGCGGAGCAGGAUGGCAACCAAUGCGGGGCUUCCGUCGCGUCGCAAUCCUCUGUCCCUUCUUGCGAGAGCGACGCGUCGGGCCGAGGCGAGCGCCUCGCGGCCCCCUGUUUGCCCCAUCCGUCUCCGCCGCAGGUGCGGCACGUCCGAUUCUCUGAAGGGAGAGAGGAGUGGCUGCUCUCCGAGGCUGCGUCGAUAAACAGCAUUAUUGCUUUGAGCGACGAAGGGCCUUCUUCUGCGGUUCUUCUUCCUGCAGCUUUCGGAUCGAAUUCGCCCUCGCAUCCACUCUCCUACGAGGAACUCACCAACAGUCUCCUCGUCUUUCCUCCGUCCCCUGCAUCGUCUGCAUCCUCUGAUGCUUCGUUUUCUUCUUCCUCUUCCCGAGCCUCUUUCGCCUGUGCGGGACUUGCCUCUGUGGCUGCCCCAGCUCCUGCGGCGUUUCCCUCUUUCGCUGCUUCGUCGGCCUUCUCUCCUUCCUACCCUUCGCCCUCUUUUGCGAGAAAGGAAGCGAAAGAGGCGGCGGCGCUCUGUGCACCAGCCCACCAAUGCGCUGGAGACGAAAAACGGAACGGGACGCACCAUCUGGACGACGUGGACUGGCGGUGUCUCCCCGUGGACAGGUGGUCUACAUCGAGGAGGGUGCAAUCACAGAGGGGAACCGCAAACGAGGAGCCAAGCAGAGACCACAAACGUCAUGGAGAAGCAGGAACAAAACCCCUGAGCGCCGGCAACAUCCCACGCGACGCCGACUCUGAGAAGAGAGAAGACCGGAUUCAAGCCCCAGAGAGAAACGGAAGAAUGGCCCAAGGGGCUACACCUGACGGUCAAAGUCGAGGAGGCGACGACGCUUCUCCGAGACACAGACAAGCAAGGCCGGGAGCGCCUCUCGUCCGCAGAGAGGCACGAGAGAUCGCGAGUGAAGGGAAACAGGUGGAAUGUCACCUUCUUUUCGGCAUGUCGCCCUUGAGCAGAACUUCUGAGCCCUCGUCUGUUCUCUCUCCAUCGUCCUCUCUCUUGGGCGAACCGCGGCUCGACAGGAAACAAAGCGACAGCGUCUCGACGUUUCCUCCUGUUGCCCGUUCAUCUCCCCCUUUGCCUGCCUCCGCUUCCUCAUCUUGCUCGGCCGCGUCCAGUUCUGCUCCUCUUUCUGCCAGGUCGAUCGCUCGCCUCGACAAGGUGCCCUCGAAGACAGCGGCGUCGUCUCCUCCCGCGUCGUCUUUGAGCAGUCUCGUCUUUCCAAAGUCGAACAGUUUUCCGCAGAGGCAGCCGGCGUCUUCCGCUGUGCCGCGGGGCCUCGAGGGCGGUCCAACGGGCCCGAGCGAGGGAGGCCGCGGAGGCGAGGAGACACCCAGCCGGACAGGCAGAUACAGCGACGUCGCCCCAGGGGCCCGCGAAUCUACGCUGGCACACGGGGAGACAGAUCGAACCGCGGGCAUCUACAGGGAGAGGACGCGAGCGAGCGACGCGGCUGUGGAAACCCGCAGGUCGAAUGCGACCGCCACCGGCACGGUCUGUGCUCUGGACAGCGUUCGCGCGCAGGGGUCCACGAAUCUCGACGCUUCGCUCGACGGCCCACACACUGGCAGGCACCAGGCCCCUGAGACCAGCUGUGUGUCGAGUUUUGUUCACAGCCCCUGCGGUCGUCAGCUUCCAACUGCACAGUCAACACGAACAGAUUUGUUCGUCGACUCGUCUCUCUCGGCAGAACCAUUGGCAAGGCCUCUGUCUCCGAAGGCCUCGCAUCCUUCUGUCCCUUCGGGCGCUUCCUUCGCGUCUGCCGCUUUCUCGCCGGGGACGGCCUGCCGGCGCCAUCGAACUGUCCCAGCUUGCCUCGAGCGAGGCGGGCGCCUGGUGACUGUUCGAGGCCCCGAUGGCAACACCCGGCAGCAGUCUCUGCACGUUCCGCCGGCGUUGACAGCUCAGCCUGGAAAGUCUUGCUUCAGACGCACCUCCUCCUCGAGUCUUCGCUCUGAGGCAUCUCCUCGUGCCGCCUCCCGUUCGGCUCGGAUUCCACAUCUCGCCUUCCCUCAUUUCUCCCUCCUCGCCGCCUCUCCGUCUUCGCGUCGUGCCUCCUUUUCCUCUUCCUCGCCGUCUACUUCCUCGAUGUCUUCGUCGAUGUCUUCUUCCUCGCCGUCGCUUGCCCGACUGCUUCGGAGGUCGUUGACGCUGCGGCGCUGGACCACACAGGGCGAGGCGAGCGCAAAGGACCGAGAGGAGCCUGAGCGUUUGAGAGACACUUGGAAGGCGACGCCGUCCUCGCCUGGCCUGCCAGUGCCUGUGGGCUUUGAACAACCCUCCGCGAAAGAAGCUUCCAGCCGGGUGGUUUCCUCGCUCGCUCUCUCCCCGUCCUCACAGCGUUCGAAACCGCCCCGCCUUCUGUUCGCUCCUUUCAGCGGCGGCCACGCCACCCGAGGUGGGAGAGCCUGGCUUCUGAGGAAGGGCGGAGCUGAGAAAGACGCUGAACGAGCACAGAACAGUGCACAGAAAUGCGGGGAGAAAACCCUGGACAGAGAAACGGGCAGCGGAGAGAGCGAAGCCGAGAGAGGCCGGUCGCGGCGAAUGUUUGGCGCAUCUGGAGAACCCUUCAGCCAGGCGCCUUUCUUGAUUCCGGCGAUUCACGGUGAGGAGACCCCGGCGUUUGCUUCACCUUCGGCACGGCUCGGCGAGUUCGUGGAAGCGCCGCGAGAAGCGCCAGCAGGCAGCCGCGCGUUUCUUCUUCCUCGGCAAGGCACAGGCAUCUUCGACCUUGCAGCUCUGGACGAAAAAGAUUUUGCUGCUGAGCACCCUGAGAGGCUCGAGAUCUCCCCUCGCCUUCGGCCGCCGCAUGCAGACGCCGCGCGCGAAGUCACGGCAGCGCGCGAGGCAGAGGGCGGUGGGAAGCGAACGCCGGGAUGUGCAGAGCAGAAGCAAAGAGGCAAGGAGGAGGGAGGAAGAGGAGACAGAAGUGGAGACAGUGAAGGAGAAGAAAGAGACGAAGACAGAAACGAAAGUGAGUUGCGCUUCCCCCGACCAGGACGGGAACAGAGAGCUAAAGCCCUUUUCUUCUCUCCACCUUUGUUCCGCGAAAGAGGUAGGCGACGCCACACAGUUUCAGCCGUUCCCUUCUUUCACGCCGCUCGUGCUUCGGCCGCGUCUCUCUCUUCCUCAUUUCCUUUCUCUUCUCCCUUGGCAUCGGCGUCUUUGCCGAUGGACUUCAGCUGGCCGCGAAGUGCAGCCUCGCAGGCGUCGGCGGCGCCGCACAUUCAAAACCAACCGCCUUUCUCUCUCCUCAGAGACGACCCUAGUGGCGAGCGCCCGUGGCAGACACCGGUCCCGCUGGGGGGCGAGCGAGCGGAGACAGAGAGACAGUUGCACGCUGCAGGGAGCGGGAGUCCCCGCGAAGAACCUCGGUCAGAGCAAGCGGACGACGCCUCCCAGGAUUCGUCCACCGGGCCCUCUUCGCCCGGUUCCCCUGCCAUCCACUUUUUCGACGUGGCGACAUCUCAGGGAGCGCAGGACUGA